AUGCUACUGAUGUCUUCUUCUAUGCGCACAAUUUUCGUAAAGCGCUUCGAGCUCGUUUUUUUCAGAUCCCGUCCAGGACACACUCUUCAAAUCUCGGCUAAAAUUAUCAGUAAUAAACUGCAUAGAUUAGUGAAAAUUAUUCAAACUGAAGAGCAAAUAGGAUAUCAAAGGAAUUCGGAAUCCCCCGAAGCACAAAUUUACGACAACGAAAACUAUAGUGUGAGCGAUGGAGAAGUGGACGGCGACGAUGACUAUUUCAACUGA